AAUAGUUUAUCUAGGUUAGGGGUGUUUACGCUUACAAACACAUAACUACAAUAUUUACUCCUUCAAAUCAUUUUAAGUUAUCGAUGCAUCGAUAUUUCCCUUGUAUUUUUCCACCUGUACCACGUGUGGUCAUUUUCUGCAAUACAUUGAUUUCCCCAACGCUCAAUGAAAAUAAGUAAAAAACUCUUUUCCCGCCAGGAGGAAAAACCUCGGAGCCAAUUUCUGGAGGAGGAACAGUACGUGAACCUGACCUCAGGCGCGGCUGCUCGUGAGUGCUGCGGGGAUGCUCUUUGGGAUUUCGAUGGUCAGACCGACGAAGCCUGGCUGGUCCAGUGUCCCAAGGGUGCAGAUCCACAUCUGCUAGUCGGCAAGCGCAUUAGGCUUCCUGGCAGGAAGAGCGUGGGCGAUCUCCAGGUUCGUGCCGUCAAAAACUCGACGUUACAGAGCGAGGCACUGGGCUAUUUGAGAUCUAUGGGUCCCUAUGCCCUCCGGAAAAUUCCCUUUGUCGGCUAUGUGGUAAUCAGCAAGCGUCUAUAUGAUAAACAACCGCUACCAGGUCAGAAGGAACAUACAAUUCAAGCUGAUCUAACGCUACCCAAGUACCUAUUACGAGAACGACAUCCGUUGUUCGGGCGCAGCUACAAGCAACGCAUCCAAUUACCGAAGAUGAUUUCCACAUCUCUUAGUCAAGCAGACGAGAAAUUCUUGGAAGCUACUGCCAAGCUUCGCAGCACUGCUAACUACUACAAGAUCCGGAGCAAGCUGCACACCACCACACAGACGCUAGAACAAAAAGAGGACGAUGUGCGACAGUCGGUGCUUACCGGUCGUACGCCGCAGUUCAUGAAGGAAACAAUAAUCCCGGAUCUAUAUAAAGAUCUCUUAGACGAAGAGGACAUCGAGAAAAAUAUAAUGAACCCAGCAGAGGAAGUUGGUCCUGCCAAAAUGCGCAAGAAAAAAUUUAAUUCAAACGGUCACAAAACGGGAAAUGCAGUAGGGAAAUAGACAAAAGAAGCUUAAAUUAAAUGAAAGCAACGGCCGCUAAUGACCUGGACGAAGUAAUUGCACAAGAAGGCUUAAAAAAGUCGAAUGGAAACCAUUAAGAAUUAGAGUUUACUUAAGAUAAAUUCACAUACUUACGUAAUUAAAUAAAAAUAUGUAACGAUUUGGAUUAUAGAUUAUCACAUAUAAGCUGCAUAAAUUAAUGUAGUCAUUUAAUAACGAAAUAAAAUUGCACUUUGUCAAGGCGUGUUCACAGCACUAUG